CUGAGAGGUCCAGUAAGGAUCAUCUCUUAUUGAUCCAGUGUUACUACAGGAGGAAACCUAAACUAACCUAACUUUAUUUAUACUGGAUAGCUCUAUCAGUUCUAAACGGCUUCCUAGAGGUCCAGUAGGGAUCAUCUCUUAUUGAUCCAGUGUUAUCAUGUCUCAUUGUGUCAUAGGAGAAAAGCGCGGCGUACUAAAAGGAAACCAAUUUCGGCAGCUAAAGCAGUCGGAAUUUAAUAUGUGAUCUGAUGCUGAACUACAGAAGGUUCCAGAAGAUUUCCAACUUCCAUUUUGCAAAUUGAGUAACUUUAAGUAAAAUAUACCGCACCACAAAAGGCCAUUGGAGGUCGUUGCAUUUUGUUACAUUUGAAAGAAUGUAAUGAUGGAUUACUGGUCUGUGUGGUAGUAACCUGCGUGGUAGUGUUUCAUUGACUGUGUGAAAAAACUUCUUUUAUUUCCUUUAGCCAAAAUAAUCCGCGGGUAUUAACUUAAUUUAACAAUGAUUGCUACACGAGUUGAAGUCUUAAAGUUACAGCAUGCUUCUCAUGGUGAGCAAGAAAUGAUUUUUCGAAUCUUCUCGAAUGUUGCCGUUGUGGAUGAGUGCUUGGGGUACCAGAUGGUGUCGAAAUCGACCCCAUACCUCUUCACACUUAUAUAUAGACACAAGAAAAUUGAAUUAUAACUUACAAUUCUAUUUAUUUGCCACCAAAUACAAGUCUCGAGUCUUCUGCUCUUUCGUAACCUUUCUGCUGGUUUUAAUUAACCACCUUCAGAUCUGUGCUAAAGCCUGGUUUUACACUAUCAAACGUUUCUGUGAUCACAGUAGGAAUUUUGCAUGGGUAAAUUCUAAGUUUUAAAGGAUUUGUAAGAAAUGUUUGAGGGAAUUGAUUCCGUGUUUAACACUGAGUACGUUCCCUCAACAUUUCUUACAAAUCCUUCGAAACUUAGAAUUUACCUUUAGUCUUUACCCAUUCGCAGGCUAAAACCCAUAGAGAGGCCUGCGGAGGAGGGUAAUUUGGCGUUUAUUAAAGCGUUCAUCAGAAUGCAUAGAAACGAGCAUGAGGGGAAACUCUGGGAUUGUAUUGUGAUCGGGGCAGGUAUUGAAGGUAGUAAUGCCGCAAGAUAUUCCGCUAAACUUGGAAAAGACACUUUGUGUUUGGAGCAGGUAAAUGACAUUUUAUGUUUGUGUAUUCUAAAACGUUCAUUUACUACAAUCAAAACUUGAUUAGUUCGACUGCUUACGUUCCAACUUGAACGGAUCACUUUCCUAAAUAUGGUUACAGAGUAAACACCAUUAAAAUAUUAAGGGUUUUUCCAGUCUGUCGAUCAAGUUCUUAGCAAGUGCCCUAAAGAGAGGCUGUCACCCUCCUGAAAUUGUAUUGAAAUUAAAUGUUCCAGGGGGGGGGGGGUGAAUGCCUCUGGAUAUUUGACUUGCAAGAAAUUGGUGUUUUAAUAAUGAUAUCCAAGGAAGGAAAAAUCCCUAAAGGGGUUUCAGUAAUGGAAUAACCGAGCCUUAAAUAGUACUCAGGCUUUGAGAAAUGUUGUUUAUAGUUAAUUUACCCCUAGAAGAGGGCCCCCUAUACCUCUUCAUAAUAUGCUUUCACGUAAAAAUAUUUUGCUUUUUCACGAGUCACAGAUUAAGAAAAUCAUCGAUCAUGUUUCAUGGCUAAGUAAAAUAAGCGCUUCACACAAAAAUUAUAGGGGGCCCGAUCACGUUUCACGGCUAAGUAAAAUAAGCCCUUCAUGCAAAAAGUAUAGGGGGCCCUCCUAGAACAUCACUGAAACCACCAUGUACUAUUUUAUUUCUAGUUUCCCCUCCCACACAGCCGGGGCAGUUCACAUGGACAAUCAAGAAUCAUUCGUCACUCGCAUAAUCUUCAUGACGCCCAUUUGUCCAGAAUGAUGCCAGAAGCAUUUAAAUUGUGGGAGGAAAUUGAACAACUUGCAAUGACCCAGUUAUUUAUGUAAGUAAUCAGGGCUCAACUGCAUAGUUCAGUGACUUCAGUCGUUUGUAUAAUUAAAAAAUAACAGCUUUUUACUGCUACUGGAGAAGUCAGGUAGUUCAGGUACAAACCAUGGCAACUUAUUUUAGAAUACUACCUACACUGGACCACCACAUUUGAGAUAUCUUUUUCCUGAAUGAAGUUCAGACACAAACCAUGGCAGCUUAUCGACCACAAAAAAAUAAGGGAAAAGAUAGAAAUGUCCCAACAAAUAUGUUUUACAAAAAAAAUGUUUUUCUGUCAGAAAUUUCCCAUAAUAUUUGUUGUCUCUGAAGGCAGGGGGGGGGGGCUCUAGAUCACACAUGUUUGACACUGUUUUAUUCUUUAGCAACUGUGGUUAUCUUGAAAUUGAAGAUUAUCCGUAUACAACACUUCAAGGGAUCUUGGCAAACCUGCAAGACAAUGGAAUCUCAAGUGAAAUGGUCAAUGCACAACAACUGAAAGAGAAAUACCAUUUUGAUGUUCCUGAAAGCAUGCAAGGACUUCUUGAGAGAACUGGGGGUGUUUUAUUGGCAAGCAAAUGUCUUCGAGCAGUACAGGUAACAUGAAACAACACUUUCAGAUGAUAUGAUGUUAAACCAUCAUGUGAGAAUGUGGGUGCUCCCAGUUUGAGUCAACCAAACACCUGGACCUCUAGGAAGAAUAGUUUGGAACUUAUACAGGUAGGACUAUCCAGUACAAAUAAAGUCAGGUAGGUUUCCUUCUGUAGUAAUUAACACUGGAUCAAUAAGAGAUUAUCCUUACUGGACCUCUAAGAGAAACAUGCAGUUUAGAGUGAGUAGUCCAGUGUAGAUAAAAUUAGUUUAGUUUAGUUUAGGUUUCUUCCUGUAGUAACACUGGAUCAAUAGGAGAUGAUUCUUACUGGACUUCUAGGAAGAACAGUUUAGAACUGAUAGAGCUAUCCAGUAUAAAUAAAGAUAGUUUAGUGUGUGUUUCCUCCUGUAGUAGCACUGGAUUAAUAAGAGAUGAUCUUUACUGGACCUGUAAGGAGAACAGUUGAUGAGACGGAGAGCUCAAUUAUGUUUGUUUGAUUAGGAUCAGUUUGUAAAAUUUGGUGGAGUUCUUCAUGACAAUGAGAAAGUUUUGGAAAUAAUUCCUGGAGAUUUUGUACAAGUGAAGACAAAGAAAGGAUCCUACAGAGCGAAGAAACUCAUUUUAACACCAGG